AUCGCGCUACACUACUCUGCCGCCUGCGCCCAAGCUCCUUGCAACGUCUUGACGCGGCCUUGCGGAGUCCACCCACACAAAUCUUGUCAAGAAGCGCGAUAGAGCGAUCGUCUAGUCACUAGGGAACGUCGUAUCUUUGCUCUACUCUCGUCAUAUUAGUAUUACUUGGCUUGUAGUCUCCGGCUCCUCUCGUUUCGCUCUUUGCUACUACUUCGGUGUUAGGGUCUCCACGCUACAGACGAAGGGUAAUGUUAAACGUAGAAAGCCUCGAUUAGAGUUGAGAUGUCGGCAUUGCCAAAGGCGUCCAGGGUCGUCUCCUCGCUCCUAGAUGCAAAUUUGAAGAACUGUAAACUCUGUUCUGAAAUUAUCCGCUUCACGGACUUGUCCUUGGAAGACAAAAUCUACGAACAAAAAGUGGGAAGGCUUCCUGAUUUUGUGGAUGCACCCUGUCAAGCCCAUGCGUCCAUUGUCGCUAAACUACAGGAACGCACGAGGCACAGGACUCUGUCUGAAUGGGAGGACUCUGUUAUGCUCACCAAAAAACCUCUACAGCGCAAUGUCGAGGUUCUUCUUCAUUAUGACACAAUUGUCAACCUGGCAGCUCUACCAGAGGGUAAUCUCGAGGACCCAGCCGGCCUAGGAAGGCUGACUAAUCCGGACUGGAUCGAUUGCCAAACUCUGAAAGACUGGUAUAGUCGCUGUAAAACGAUACAUGGCUCGGCGUGUAAUGGACUAGCAAGCACCUUGUCUCUCCGUCCCAAUCUUCUUAUCGACACCACACGCAUGUGUCUUACGCAGGCCAAGACCACAGACCGUUACUUUGCUCUCAGCUAUGUUUGGGGCCAAGUUCCUCAACUUAAGACGACCAGAAACAAUCUUUAUGAAUUGAGUUUGGAGGGAUCUUUUGGUAACUCGUUGUGGAAGUCCCAAAUACCUAGGACUAUCAUGGAUGCCAUUCAGCUCACUUCUCUUAUGGGCGAGCAGUUUCUGUGGGUAGACUCUUUAUGCAUAGUUCAGGAUGAUCAAAGCAUCAAGGACAGUCAACUCAACGGCAUGUCUUCCAUUUACGCGAAUGCGUCUUUGACUAUUGUGGCGGCAAAUGGGGAUGAUGCGGCCGCUGGUUUGCAUGGUAUUCAAAGCAUAACGAAACCUAGGUCACGUCCUCAGGACGUUCACAAGCUCGAGCCGAUGCGAACCUACGUGCAUUGUCCACCCUUUUCGACAUUUGGCUUAACCUGGGAGAAGCGAGGGUGGACAUUCCAGGAAUCGCUUUUGUCACCCAGAAAACUCAUCUUCGCACACCAGACAGUACAAUGGCAAUGUCAAUGUGCAGUUUGGCGCGAGGACAUAUUUCCAGAUAACUCCACGAUUCCCGUCCAUUCCAGAGAGGACCUCAGACACACGCAACAAGUGAGCAAGUUGGUUUUAUUCGAUUCCUCAUGGCCGCGCCUCGAUUCAUACAACGACUUGGUAAGCACGUUCACUACGAAAGUGCUCACCUAUCCCGAGGACGUCUUGCCUGCUUUUACUGGGUUCUUGGCAGCUCUCAGCAGUUCGUUUCCUGGAGGGUUUUUGUAUGGGCUUCCUGAGAUGUUCUUCGACCAGGGACUUUUGUGGUCGGGCAAUGAGCUUCGCCCAAGAGGCACGUCGUCGCCUUCGGUCAGCCUACAUCUUCCGUCGUGGUCAUGGAUGGCAUGGACGGGUGUAAUCCGCAACAACCUUGACUCUGGGUUCUGGAAAAAGACCGUCUUACAUACACAGGCAUACACCUCGCGGCGCACAAUUCCGAUAGUUCAGUGGUAUUACGGAAGCACGGAGAGUAGCGAAAGACGACCAAUUCGAAACGAUUGCUCUGCAAGUACCACGGAAGAUGCGGAUAUUUCAAUGGCCCUGCAAAAUGGCUGGACCUGUCAUGAAAACACCCACGAAAGAAAGGGGAGCAUGUGGGGCUUCUGGGACUUUGAGGACGGAAAAAGAACACAUUAUUCGGGGCAUUAUAGCUUCCACGAACCAGAUCAUUAUUAUACCCAUAUCAGCGACGAUACCUCUCAAUUCUGGUAUCCGGUCCCUCUCAUCACCAACGCGACCGAGCGCAAAGCGAACCAACUCGACACAAAGCGCAAGUCCGACAAGGAGUUGGCCAAGACCUCAGACCUCAUAAUCUCGUGUCGCACAUCAAAAGCGCGACUAUUUUCAAGGGACUGGAUCAAACGUCCCAUCCGAAGAUCCACUCCCGGGCAUUUGGCUAUCCGUGAUAAUUUGGGGAAAUGGGUUGGCUGUCUCGACCUGCAGUAUCAAGAACAAGUGAAGUUGCGCCAUGAUGUUAGAGGCGGUCAACCCCAAACUAGCGACAUUGUUGAGCUAGUGGCGAUAUCGAGAGGAUUCGCUUACAACGACUGGCAAGAAUACACACUGGCUGAGUGGAGAUGUCAAGAACGACCAAGAUCUGGAGAGAAGUACGAGUUCUAUAACGUCAUAUGGGUAGAGUGGCAUGGCAAGAUUGCAAAGAGGAAAGCACUAGGCCGUGUUCACAAGGAGGCAUGGGAGCGUCUGGACCUCGAGAUGUUCGAUUUCUUGUUGCAAUAAUACACCACGCGCUCAUUUGAGGCACUCACUCACCUCCUUCCAAACAAUUGUCUGAUUCAUUUUGCAAUUGCAAAAUCUUUCAAUGUUUAGGACUCUCUCUCAGGACUACCAAACAUUUUGUACAUCUGUUUCACUACCCCUAACCCUAGCUUCAGCCACUUCUCAAAGUCAAAGUCCCCUACAAACUGUUAGAUCAAGCUAUCCCUAAAUCCUGGAAGAAAACUUGACCGUCGCAGAAAGUAAGAAGCACUAACCUAGACAAUUAGCAGUGUUUAGGAACCUCCAAUUAAGAGAGCACGCCCCUUAUCCUGGGUCUCAACUCUUUACUUUCAUCUUGGGCUUCGCCUUUGCGC